CAAUCCCUACUUACUUGCUAAAAGUAGCAAUUUUAUGCGCUCUCAUCAUUUCAGGAUGCGGCAAGACCUUGUUGCUGGAAGAGCUGGAGGCUGCCAGUGAACGCGUAAUACAUCUCGAACGUUUGGCAAACCACAAGGGCUCGGUGUUUGGACAGUCUUCCGCCCACGUGAAGCCAUCACAACGGGAGUUUGAGCGCGAAUUGCAUGCCGCUUUAGCUAACUGUAUCUCAUCCCUUAUUUUCGAUGUUGGACAUCAGUUGCAGCGGGAGGCGACUGAAACGGAACCCAGAUUGAACCCCGUAUGGGCCGAGUGCGAAUCCCGAUCGGUCGGCCCGCGCUGUAGAUUACCAAAUGGACUUUUCUCUCGUCUCCGCGGUACUGUGGGGCUUCCAACCCGACGAAUUUGGCUUGACGUUCCAGAGGAGGCUAGAGUCGACUGGAUUCUCGCUGAUUACGCGGACUGGCUAGGUGACCUUGAGCGCUUAGAUCGUGUCGUAGAGUCACUUUCGGCCUACCACAGUCGGUCUUUGCUGGACAGUUGGCGCAGUCUAAUUGGUCGGGGCGACUACCACGGCCUGGUGACCAGUCUUCUGCGCGAUCACUAUGACCCGCUCUACAAACAAAGCCGUGGCCCUGUCCUUCAGGCCUAUGCCCAGGCCGGCAUUACCUAUCCUCAUAAAGUGAGCAUGCAAUGGGCCGUUGAGAAGGUGAAUGAUCCCAACCAGUACACUAUUGAUCCCCUGCGACUUGUGCGUACUGGCCAUACCCAACUCAAGCACAGAACAAAGGGUCUUCAUAUGCCUUUCAUCAUGGUGGACUACAACCGGUCCCGUCAGAUGGAAACCAAAACUGUCCACGAGGAAGUCAUUCUCAAGAUAGUCAAAAACUGGUGGCGUGAUCCCAUGUUGGCCCUAGUCGCUUCCGGUGAGGUGAAACGUUGGAUCAUUGCCACUACUAAAAUGAAGGAGGGUGACAUUAUUCGGUCGCACUGGGAAAUCCCCAACAUCACUGGUAAGCUUUGCGUUAUUCUUAUGUGUGCAUCAAUAUUCAGCAUAUAA